UGUCUCUAAUACAAAAAAUCAAAGGUUCACCGCAGAAAGUUGGAAAUUUUGGUAAUACUGGAAAUGUUGUCGAUCAAAAACCCUAACCCUAGCUCCGGUUUGGAGCCCUUGAAGAGGUUCCAUCGUGCUUCUUCUUCUUCUUCUCCGAUGGCACUUUGCUCGUCACCGUCGUUACGGCUCAGAUCGCCGGCUUACAGAGUCUCUCUCGCCGCUCCCAAAGGAUUUGUAGUUGGUUUUCGCUCACUCCAUUCACGGCUUCCCUUCCACCAUUCCGUCGUCGCUUUCGCAGCUUCUCACGAGGAAUCUAAGCAUUCAGAAAUGGAAGUUGAUAGAGAAAAGGAUGAAUUGGAAACUGAGAGCGAAGAAGAAUCAAACGAAGCAUGGAAACAAGCUUUAGCUUCGUUUAAGGAACAAGCUUUGAAGUUGCAAAGCGUAUCCCUUGAAGCUUACGAAGUUCACUCCAAGAAAGCUUUGAUUACUCUUAAAGAAACUUCGGAGGUUCUCAAGGUUCAAGCUGAAAAGGCAAGAAAUGAUUUGACUGAAGUAGUCAAAGAAAUGAGUGAAGAAGGCAAAGAAUACCUCUCAACGGCUGCCGAGAAUUCCCCUCCUGAAGUCAAAGAAAUCGUUGAGACCUUCUCUUCCUCCGCCGAAGAUUUCAAUGACGUUUCCAAAGUUCAUGACUUUCAUGUCGGUAUACCUUAUGGUUUUAUUCUUUCAGUUGGGGGAUUUCUUUCUUUCAUGGUGACAGGGAGUAUAUCUGCCAUUAGGUUUGGUAUUAUUCUAGGUGGAGCUCUUUUGGCAUUAAGCGUAUCGAGCUUAAAAUCUCAUAAAAGAGGAGAGUCGUCUCCUCUUGCCAUCAAAGGACAAGCAGUGAUCUCAUCUGUACUACUUUUGAGGGAGUUAAGCUUGCUGAUUCGGAGAUCAACUCUGUGCUCCUUUCUCACAACCGUUAUCAGUGGUGCAGUGGUAGCAUUCUAUAUGUAUAAGCUUCUAUCAAAGGACAAGCCUCGCUUGGAACCUGGGACAGGAAAUUGAUGUGUGCUCUUUUGAGGUUGUUUUGUGUUUAGUUUGUGGAUGGUUUUGGGUUGUUGGCUUGAUCAAAUCAGGUUUGUGUUUGGGUUUUCGGAUGUGAUUCAGAAUUGACAGGUAUACUCGAGAAGCAUUCCCUCCCCCAUGCACCCACCGACACUCUGUUUCUCCGUAGAUAUUGAAUCAAAUCUUUUUAAGGAAGUGUACUUCCAUCCAUUUCUGAUUCCAGUGCUGAAAUAUUCCAGUUUUCGUUUACAUUUUUCUGAGAAGUUUAAUCUUAAACUGGCCCAGGGAGUGAUAAAAGAACAUAUAAAUGCUGCAUUAUUCUAGGCUCCGAAGAAAGCAGAAUCAAUAGCCAAAGAACAAAGUAGAAGCUCUUGAAGAAUGUGGAGUUGCAGCAUUGUAGGUUUUCGUGCGACUUAGUUUUGUUUGUUCCGAUUUGUUGUGAAACCAUUAGGAUAUAUUAUAUGAAAGAUUGUUGUGAGAGGUAAUUUAAAAGAAUGGUAUGAGAGAGUGUUUCAAGAUGAUAUGAUGAAAAUGGUUUUUUGGUUCUUA